AUGGCGCUCAACAUCCGGCAGAGGCAGUGUGAUGCGCUGCUGCGCAUGCUGAACCUCCACGCCGACCGCGGCGCGGCCCCCGGCCCCGGCCCCGCGGCCGGCGCCGGCGCCGCCCCCGGCUCGGAGCUCUACAAAGUACUCAUCCUGGACAAGCCCUGCCGCGACAUCGUCGCACCGCUGCUGCGCGUCAGCGACCUGCGGCGGGCGGGCGUGACGCUGCACCUCGCCCUGGAAGCCGAGCGCCAGCCGAUCCCCGGCGUCCCGGCGGUGUACCUCCUGCGCCCCACCCCCACGGGCGCCGACCGCGUCGCCGCUGACCUGGCGGCCGGCCUGUACGACUCGGUGCACCUCAACUUCGCCACGUCAGCGCCCAACCAGCUGCUUGAGCGGAUUGCGGCGGGCGCGGCGGCGAGCGGGAACCUGGGGCGCGUGGCGCGCGUGUUUGACCAGUAUGUGUCGUUUGUGGCGCUGGAGCCGGGUCUGUUCAGCCUGGGGCUGCCGGGAAGCUACGUGGAGCUCAACGAUCCGGCGGCGCGGGACACGCAGAUUGAGGCCGCGGUGUCGUCGAUCGUGGAGGGGCUAGUGUCGGUGCUGGUGACGCUGCAAGUCGUCCCGAUCAUCCGCUGCCCCCGCGGCGGCGCUGCGGAGCACGUGGCUGCGGCGCUGGAGGGCCGACUGCGGGACCUACUGAAGGGCCGCAGCAACCUCUUCAGCGAGCAGCCGGCCGGCGGCGGCGCGGGGGCUGGUGGUGGCGGCGGCGGCGCGCUGGCGGCGACGCUGAGCCGGCCGCUGCUGGUGCUGUUUGACCGGAACUUUGACCUGAGUGUCAUGCUGCAGCACACUUGGAGCUACAAGCCGCUAGUACAGGACGUGCUGGGGCUGCGGCUGAACCGCGUGACCCUGGGGUCGGGCGAGCCGGCCGCGGCUGCGGGCGCGGGCGCGCCGGCGGCGCCGCUGCAGCAGCAGAAGAAGGGAUACGAUGUGGAUGAGAAGGACUUCUUUUGGGAGGCAUGCGGCAGCAUGCCCUUCCCCAGGGUGGCGGAAGAGGUCGAGUCGCAGCUUCAAAAGUACAAGGCUGCGGUAGACGACAUAAACGCAAAGGCGGCCGCAGGGGGGCACCAGCAUGGCGAGGUGGUUGACCACGACGAGCAGCUGCGGCGCAACACGCAGCACCUCAUGAGCGCGGUGUCCAGCCUGCCGGAGCUGCAGGAGCGCAAGAAGGUGCUGGACAAGCACACCAACCUGGCCACGGCCCUGCUGGGCGCCAUCAAGGCGCGCGGCCUGGACGGUCUGUACAACACAGAGGAGGAGGCGCUGGCGGGGAAGGGCGAUGCGGCGGCGGUGGUGCGGCUCAUACAGGGCCAGAAGGGGACGCCCGCUGACAAGCUGCGGCUGGCACUGGUGCACGUGCUGGCGGCGGAGGCGGCGCCCGGGGACGCGGACGUGCGGGAGUUGACGGAGGCUCUGGCG